AUGGCACAAUUGGAACAGAAUCAGGCCGCAUUGAGAGAGGAUGUGACCCACAUGAAGGCUCAAAUGGGCCAGCUUAUGGAUGUUUUGCAGAAUCUGGCUAGAGGUCAGGAGGAAAUCCACCAAGAGAAUCAGAGAGCUACUGUUGCCACCUACCCAAUUCUGACUGUACCAACAAGUCUAGUGGGAGGAACUGGUCCUGUCGACGGUGGUUCCGAUCAUCAGAAUGCCGCUCAGACCUUCCACAUUCCUAUUCAAGGAGCCCCGCAGAUCGAAAUGGAUGAACACCCUGAAUCCUUCUAUGACGCCCAUGGACCUUCACCAGCUGAGGUGGAGAAGAAGUUUCGUGUCUUGGAGGAGAAAAUGAAAGCUAUGGAAGGGUUUGGUACCUUCGGUUUGGAAGUUGCUGACAUGUGCUUGGUGCCUAGAGUGAAAAUUCCAGCUAAGUCCAAGGUCCCAGUUUUCGAGAAGUACAAAGAGGAUAGCUUCCCGCUGACGCAUGUUAGAUCUUAUUGCAGGAAGAUGGCAGCAUAUUCCGAUGAUGAAAAGUUGUUGAUACAUUUCUUCCAAUAUAUCCUUAGUGGGGCAUCUCUGGAAUGGUACAUGCAACUUCAGUGCACUCAUGUUUGA